UUAUUUCUGUUGUUCUGUGCCUACCCGGAUACCCAUUGAUCCGCCUCUGCACUGCGUAUUUUGAAUAACGUCCGCUUAGUAGACGCCGCAAAACCCCCAACCAUAAACACAAUCUUCUCAGUUUUAACUCUUAAAUUCUUAAUCUCCAAUUUCACUUUCAAGUUUUAGCUCAAGUGAAGAUCAAUAAUCAAACCCAAAAGAAUUAGAAAAAAAAAAAACAAUGUCGCAUCAGUCUAGAAUAGAGUUGGAAGAACAAGAACUCCGCCGGAAAAAAUUUGAGGAAGCUUUGGAAGUCAAAUCCCUCCGACGAAUUAUCAGUGCUUAUCUCAAUUAUCCAGAUGCGUCGGAGGAUGAUGUCAAGCGAUAUGAAAAAUCUUUUAAAAUGCUUCCACUUGCUCACAAGUCUCUUCUAUCCCAUUUGCCAUCGAAAUACCGAAGUUUGAGAAGGUGCAUAUCAGCGAAUACAUAUUUUAUUUUAAGUAUGCUUCAGACUUUUCAUCCCCCACUAGAUCUGAGUAUGGAUAUAAGUAUUUGUGAAGAUCAGCAUAUGGAAUGCUGUCCUGAUGAUCACCAUGGUCAUCCAGAUGGGAUCAUCUUGGAAGGUCAUCACGGCUCAGCAGGGGGAACUAUGGGAGAACAAUCGUCAGGCUUUCAAUGUAAACCAAAGUGUGGGGAGGCAGGUUGUAGUGACACUGAAGCAAAUAGCGGUCGAGAAAGAGGGCAAUUCAGAACAAAUGAUGCAAAUGGCAAUGUAUUAUCAUCCUCUUACGAUUGGUUGGAUCCAUCAUUGCAGUUGCAUGUGCCACUAAUUGAUGUUGACAAGGUUCGCUGCAUAAUAAGGAACAUAGUUAGAGAUUGGGCAUCCGAGGGGAAAACUGAGCGUGAUCAAUGCUAUCUGCCAAUUCUUGAGGAGCUUGAGAGAUGUUUCCCUAAACGCAGUAAGGAGAGACCUCCUUGCUGCUUGGUUCCUGGUGCUGGACUUGGGAGAUUGGCUUUGGAGAUUUCACGUCUUGGGUUUGAAUGCCAGGGUAAUGAAUUUUCAUACUAUAUGAUGAUAUGCUCUAGCUUCAUUCUUAACCACACUCAAUCCAUUGAUGAAUGGACUAUAUACCCUUGGAUUCAUAGCAACUGCAAUUCGCUUUCAGAUGAGGACCAACUUCGUCCCGUUUCUAUACCAGACAUUCUCCCUGCUAGCGCAGGAAUAACUGAAGGUUUUUCCAUGUGUGGUGGGGAUUUCGUUGAAGUAUAUAAUGAUCCAGCUCAAGAAGGAACCUGGGAUUCGGUAGUUACAUGCUUUUUCAUUGAUACAGCUCAUAACAUCGUAGAGUACAUCGAAAUUAUAUGGAAAAUCCUGAAAGAUGGUGGAGUGUGGAUAAAUUUUGGACCAUUGCUUUAUCACUUUGCAGAUACUUAUGGGGAAAACGAGAUGUCCAUUGAAUUGAGUUUAGAAGAUGUGAAGAAGGUGGCUUUCCAUUAUGGAUUUACUUUAGAGAAAGAAAGCACCAUCGCAACUACAUAUACAUCAAAUUUUCGGUCUAUGAUGCAGAACCGAUAUUAUGCAGCGUUCUGGACCAUGACUAAGAAAUCUGGAAACAAGUUGGCAGGAAAGCAUGAUGCACAAUGAAAGAUCUUAUCUUUUACUACAUGUAGAUCAAGAAUGUUUCAGAGGGAACUGGGAAAUGUUGUUUUACAUUUAUUACCAAUUAUAAUUAUAAUAAUACUAAUUAUAUCGAGAGUAAUAAUUUUAUUCUGGGUUCAUUAGGAUGGAAUUACAUUUACAUUUGCAUUUGCAUGGACUUAGUAGUUAGUACCUGAACUAAUAGGCAGUUUAUCAGACCAUGUCAGUGUUGGAUACACUCUGGCUUCUGCAGGCUGCAGUACUAUUUAUUGUUCACUGAGAACUGACAAGACUACAGUAUUCUUUGUGGGCCCAACUCUUUUGAAUUUAAUGGGCCCCUGUUUCAGGCUCCUUGAUUCAGAAAUAUUUUCUUUUCUCCUGAACAAAGUACUUCCUUUGUUUUUUUAACCGAAAAUGACAUUUUUUUUCUCAUAAUGUAAUUUUCAUUAGCAAACUUAAAGAGAUAUAGGAGUACUUUUAGUCUAUUUUAUACUACAUUUGAUAAGAUAGUACUAUGAAUAAUGUUGAGCAUUAUGUAAUUAUUUAUUUACCUUUGUUUUUCAUUAAAUAAUCUACUAUAAUGAAAUUGGUAUUAUUC